AUGGAUUAUGGGGGGGUGAUGAAGUGCAAGAAGGUCAAGAAACAAAGGAGGAGAUCAGAUGACCAUAAUUCUAAGAAGUCAAAUAUCAAAGUUGUGUAUAUUUCUACUCCCAUGAAAGUAAAGACUAGUGCGUCAAGAUUUAGGGCACUUGUCCAAGAACUCACUGGGCCAGACUCCGAUAUAGCACGAAUUAUGGAGAGUAAUGGCGCAACAGAGUUUGAAGAUCAUAACGGACAUGGCAAUAAUGAACUUCGUGAACUGCUAAAGUCUUCGUCACCAUCACCAUCACCGUCGUCGUCUUUGCUGCAAGCAAAGUCUAAUUCAUCGUCUGUGAGCUCAGAGUCUAAUUAUUUUACGGAACCUAAUUUUGAGGAUUUAUUAUUUAGCAGCCAGAUGGAAGAGCAGUUCCUUGCUUUAUUGGCUUCUGCUAAUUCUGAGAUUGACGUUCUUGGAAGCUAUGAUGCAUUAUAG